GUCCUCCAGAUGCCGUGGCGUUCGUCUUUCCGCUGCUCUAAGUUUCGCCAUGUUUUUGGGAAGUCAUCCACCAAGGAAAACAGCUAUGAUGGGGUGCCAAUCACACGCAGCGUCCAUGACAACCACUACUGCUCAGCAAAUCCUUGCUUCAUCGCUGUAGUGACAGAGUGUGCCGGGGGCGGGUCCUUCUUAGUCCUGCCGAUCCAUCAUACAGGCAGGGUGGACCCCCAGCAUCCACGGGUGUGUGGUCACAGUGGGAGGGUCCUGGAUGUCAAGUGGAACCCAUUUGAUGAUCACUGCAUCGCCUCGUGCUCAGAGGACUGCAGUGUAAAGAUUUGGGACAUCCCAGUCUGCGGUGUCCAACAGAACCUCACAAAAGCAAGGAAGACACUGAUUGGUCACUCCAGGAGGGUGGGGCUUAUCGAGUGGCAUCCAACAGCCGAAAACCUGCUGCUUAGCUCGGCCUAUGACUGCAAGGUCCUCCUCUGGGACGUGUCCCAGGUUGAAGCAGUGCUCAGGUACCCUGUGCGGGUGGUUUUGAUGCCCGUCUUCCACCGCUACCCAGCAGAAGCACUACUGCUGUCUGUCAGCUUCAACACUGAUGGCAGUAGGCUGGCAGUCGCCUCCAAAGACAGACGGGUCAGAGUCCUGGAUCCACGGACAGGAAAGAUCCUACAGGUGUCCAGCAGCAAGUUUCACAGAGCCAGUAAGGUUUUAUACAUCGGAGGGUUUAAAAUGCUUCUGUCCACUGGCAGCUCACCCUGGAACCACAGACAAAUCGUCCUCUGGGAUCCGGAUGAUUUAUCUGAGCCUUUGUAUGAAGAAGAGUUGGAUGGAUCUGCAGGAGUCCUUUUUCCAUUCUACGACCAAGACACUCACAUACUUUACCUGGCUGGAAAGGGGGACGGGAACAUUCGGUACUAUGAGCUCAGUGAUGAAAAACCGUACAUCAGUUUCCUGACAGAGUACAGGUCCCUGCUGCCACAGAAAGGACUCGGGGUGAUGCCAAAGCGCGGCCUGGACGUGAGCGCCUGUGAAGUGUUCAGAUUUUACCGUCUGAUCGCCGUUAAAGAUCUGGUGGAACCACUGUCCAUGAUCGUACCUCGAAAAGAGUCCGGUGUUUUCCAAGAGGAUCUUUACCCGAUGACGGUCGGAAACCAGGCGGCAAUGACGGCUCAGGAUUGGCUGUCAGGAAUGAACAGAGGCCCAGUCCUGAUGUCCUUGAAGCCUUGGACUCAGGUACCAAACCCUUACCCAGAAUCUCCUGCUGAGAAGGGGCAAGUGAGGAGCUCCCUGAGGCUGCAGAUGGGUCCCGCUGAUGGUUCAGUGUCCAGGAUGGACCUGGACUUUAUGGAGGAGGCUUUCCUUGAGGAGCAGCUGGCCUACCAGGUCGCCAAAUACCCGAGAGCGGUGAGCGACCUGUCCGGUUGGCAGCCAGACGAGACCCAGAUCCCGCUGUGGACGUACUACUGCACUCCACACUGCUGCGAACCAGCAGAGAGACCACCACCUACAACUGAGAGCGAGCUCCUGCAGGCGUUUUAUAGACAGCAAGACGAGAUCCACGGCCUACGAGAGCAACUCAGUCACAAAGAUGUGAGGAUCUCUCAACUGGAGCUGGAGAUCAAAAGCACAAGAAACAACAUGCGGGCAACCUUCUGAAUCAAGCAAUCAGCUUACACAUGGCUGUCUCAACACGAGACCAAUCAACCACUUAACAUUUCUGAACAAUAAAGGAGACACUGCUAACGUCCACACAA